AUGGUCUCCAUGGCGGCCGCGGCGGCGGCCGUGGGCGUGCUGCUGCCGUUCCCGUUCUACUACGCGCUGUGGACCCACCCACAGCGUUGGGUGGACUUGUGCGGCCGCGGCGCCGACCCGUGCCGGCGGAUGGCGCAGGUCUCGCACGCCAUCAAGGCGCUUCAGCUCCUCGCGCUCGCCUCCGUCGCUUCAUUCUCCGGGCCCCGCCGCUCUACUGCCCGUCCUCCUCGCCGUCGGCCAGUAUCUCAACUUCAAGUUAUAAUUAUGGUUCAUCCUCAGUGGCUAAUAGGUGCAAUGGGGAUUCAUAUGAUGACAAUGUUGUUAACUGCACUCAAGUUACUCCUUCGAAGGAUGUUUCUUCUAGGGAAGCUUCAAAUGAUUUCACAUGGUUGGGAGCUCCCUGGCAUUGCCAACAACGUGCAUAGUUUUGUAUACAUCAUGAGUGAAGAGAUGAAGAGACUUAUUGCUUAUGUGGAAGAUCUCUAUGAGGAUACAAAUUCAUGCAGCAUGGUCAAGCUACAAUGGUUUGACAAAGUUGACGAGGUUGGUGUUUCGUUGCCCAUGGAUUUUGAUGACACAGAGAUUUUCUUUUCUAUGGGCCGUCAAGAUCUCAAUGUAGAAUGCAUUGAUGGAUUGGCUGCAGUCUUGAGUGCCCAGCAUUACGAGAAGUUGAAGAGUGAUACCAGAUGCAGCUUGUGGCAGCCUUAUUUCUGCUGUCGGCAGAUUGAUAAUGGUGAAGUCAAGCCUUUUGAUGUCACACAGCUGCAAGGCUACUGGAGCCAGGAAGUACUUAGGACCAUGUUCAAUGCAACUUCCUCUCUGAAGGUGCGUUUCAAGGUCCCUAAAUCCGGACCCAGUUCAGAUGGAGGGCUGAAGAGGAAGCGUGAUGCAUUCAAUAAUGAUGCUAAUCCACAGAAGGUCAUUUGUUCUGGUGCUUCUACUUCUAGGUUUUAUGGUGAGAACAUCAAACACUUGUGUCCUGGUUGCCAUGUGGAAGUACUAUCUCAAGAUAGUGGUAUAAGGGGAUGUUGGUUUAGAUGUUUGAUUCUGAAGAGGCAUAAAGAUAAAAUCAAGGUGCGCUACCUAGAACUUCAGGAUGCUGACGAGACUGGAAACUUGGAGGAGUGGGUUAUGCUAACACGAAUUGCCAAACCUGAUCAACUGGGUAUACGUUUCCUUGGAAGGCCAAUGGUUCGUCCACAGCACGUGGAAGAAAGCAAGGCCUUGUGCUUUGAUGUUGGAGCCAUUGUUGAUGCGUGGUGGCAUGGUGGCUGGUGGGUGGGAAUCGUGUUGUGCCAUGGAGGCAGCGGGCGUCUACAAGUUUAUUUUCCAGGAGAAAAGCGAAUCGCUGAAUUUGGUGAAGAUGAGCUGAGGUGUUCCCUUGAGUGGGUUGGUAACAAAUGGAAUCCUUUGAAGGAAAGAAAAGAUAUCGCAAGCAAGCUGACCUCCACUGCAGAUCGUGGAAGUGAAUAUUUGAUUGGAAAACAAGUUCCGCUGACUUUUAAUGUGCCUCCAAAACCAGAAGAUCAACUAGAGGGACUUCGAUCUGACAAGAGGGGUAUUGAGAAAUCUUCAGUCUACACUAUCUCACGAGAUCAGAAACGUGUCCUUGCCGACCUGACUAAUGAUCUGAAGUUAGAUAACUUGAGGUGGAGGCCAAGAAAGAGGAGUAGAAGAUCUGGCUCAAGAAAGCAGUCGGACACUAGCAGCGGAAGCAGCAGUGGGGAGAUGGACUUGUCCAGCCCCAGUGGAAGCUUUGGCCAACCUAAUCUAGUGCCCGACGAGGAGACAUGCAAGAGCAGUGGAGAGCAGCCUUUUAUGGGUGUGCCUGUGCAGGUUGCCAAUCUUGUGAUGUCCAGGAUCAGGACCACCUCCUUUGCCGGCGUUGAAACCGACCGGAUCCGAUGGCCGCCGCUGGUCGUGAUCGAGCUCAUGAGCGGCAAGCAGCUCUACUGCAUGACGGUGAGGAUGAACAUCGACUGCACCGGGUGCUACCAGAGGGUCAGGAGAGCGCUCCUCCAGAUGCAAGACCUGGAGAGCCACCUGAUCGACCGGAAGCAGCACCGGGUGAGCGUCUGCGGCGCCUUCGUGCCGCAGGACGUGGCCAUCAAGCUCCGCAAGAGGACCAAUCGCCGCGUCGAGAUCCUCGAGAUCAAGGAGGUCGACGCCGGGGCCGGAGGCGAAGGCGAACCACCGGCCCCCGGCGGCCAGCAGCCGUCCUGA